AUGUAUGAUGUCGAUGUCGAUGAAAAUUGUGGCUAUCAUGCCGUGACCGAACAAUUAGGAAUAUUCGAGACGGCGGUUAGUAGAGGAAUGACACCAUGCCGAUAUGCUAGAAUGAGUAUGUCCGAACAACUUGUGAAAAAUAGGAGCUUUUAUGAGCAAUUGGUUGGUCAUGGCGAUGGGUUUGAUAAUAUGUAUGCUCAGGUGUUAGGACCCGAGCAGGAGAUGGAGUUUCUUCCUUCUCAAUAUUGGAUGAAAAUGCCGCUUUGUGGGCAUCUAGUAGCAGAUACAUUUAAUUGUGUUGUUCAUUAUAUUACCCCCACCGUAGAAGUAACAUUUACACCAAAGUGGAAAAAAUGCGAAGGAUCCCUUAAGAAGAGAAUAGUUGUUUUGGCGUUCGUGAACGGUAAUCAUUUCGUUAUUCCAAAACUCGAGGACAAUUGUCCAUUGCCACCUGUUUGUGGGAUGGUUAAAAACAAGGAUCUAGAUCCCAAUAUUUGGAAGGGAUGGAUGAAAUUGUAUGAGGAGAAUCACCAAUUUUUGGAUGCGUUGGCCUUAUCAAAGAAACCUCUUCAAGAGGAGGAGAUGCAACUUAAUACGUGUGGAAGCGAUGAUGAGUAA